AACUUGCAACACCAGGCUAAAGUUGCUGUGAAAAUCCUCUCUCUGUGAAAAUACUUGGGCGUAUCCCGGAACUUUCAAACCGAAUUAGUGAAGCCGACCAGAUCAACCAUGGCCGCUGCGAAGCGUGAGGAAUUAGCUGCGAUAGUUGCGGAUGCGUGCGAAGGUCUCGCAGACUGCGGCUUUCUAGGUCUAAUUGAGACUCCCGUGCUGAAAACCUUGACGGACCUUCACAAAUUCAACGACACUGAGCGGCUCUCAACACUCAUCGCUGCAAUGGAGGAAGCUGCCACACGCAUGAUAUCCGCCAAGGCGCCACCUGGCUUUCCUGAGCUCAUGGUGGUUUCCCAGCUUUUAUUGGACGUGGAGGGCCCAGGAGCACCCCCUGACGGUACAGAGAGCCCAUUGGAUUCAGACUUUCGAUCUCUCGGUGCCAACCUGCGACUGGCGCUUUGCGCCUCGCUCAUGCAAUUUGCGAAGCCCGGUAGUGAGGAAGCGGCGCAGGGUCUGGACAUGGCGGUGGGGAUGCUACUGAUUCUCCAUGAGAAGGUGGCGGGGGACACUCUUUCCUGUCUUGCGGUGGAGCAUGCCAUUCUGCGACUGCUGGGGCGGCGCAAGGCCGUGGUGGCGCUGUUGAGGGACCGGAUCUGGGCGUUGACAGCGCUCAACAAGCAGGUCGCGGCGCUUGCGAGCUAUAAACCGGAGGCCGGCGGCGGCGAGGCGGCGGAUGACGGGGAUGACGGAGGAGCUGAGGAAGGUGGGGAUGACGAGGAGGUUAUGGAUGACGACGACGAUGAUGACGAUGAUGACGAGGAGGAGAUUAUGGAAGUGAAUGGAGAUGAGGAGACUGGCGCCGACGGGCAAGAGCAGCUGGAGGAGGAGGUUGUUGAGGAGGAAGAGGAGGACAAGGACGGGGAUGAAUAG